AGUGUCCCUGGAGACUUAAGACACUGAAACUAGAAAAAGUCACCAAUCUCCUGCCAUCUUUAUUCUCAUUUGACCCCUGCUAUAAAAGAGAGAGUAACAAAUCAUGUUCCCCCUGCCCAGUGUGGUCAGGGAGCCCAUAUUCCUGGCUGAGCUGAGAGUGGCCAGGUUCCCUUGGCGUCAGGGCUCGGGAGAGCUUCAGCCCCAUCCGCCAAGGGCAGUGGAAGAGCUGACCCCGUCUUUGGUUGAUCCUCCUGAGGUGUCCGAGGGGCUGUUCUUGUGCCCUCCAAGCCAACCCUCAAGAACUCCAGAAAUUGAAAGUUUCAUGACUGGUCCCCCAUCAGAGCCCCUCAGCCAAGAGGACUGGCAGGAGAAGCAGCAUUUCAUCCGGGAGGCGAUGGAAGUUCUUUUGAUGAGAGAAUCUACUAGGUCCUAUCUAAUAGACACUGGAAAGUGCCUGCUACAGAAGCUAAUUAUGCUGGAUGGACAGAAACCCUUCCAUUUCACUAUGAUCUAUGAUGCAUUGGUGGCAUCCCUCAACCAGCCCUCUUUUUGGGAGAAAGUAACCAAGGAGCUCCACACAGAUGGGCUCUCCUCGCUGAGGGCCAGGGGGCUGGCCCCAGCCCACGACAUCAGCGAAAGCACGCUCUGCCGACUCACCGGGGCCUUGAGCGGACAGCCCAGCAACUUCAACGAGGCCUACGACAGCCUGAUGGCCUUCAUCCAGCAGCCGUCAAACUGGGCCGUCCUGUCCCAGGAGUUACGGGGAGUGGGUGUCCCACUUGCCAACUUGUACGACAUGCUGCUCGGCUUCAUCGUCCCCAUGCUCUUUAGAGACGCCGAGAGCAUCCCAGGGAGCUUGAAGAGCCUCAUGAUGAACGAGCAGAUCGCCAGGCCUCUGAAGAAGGUGACCGUCCUGGUUCACUGCUGGGCCCAGACGAGAGAAAAGAGAGCCUCCAUGGCGGAGCCCAAUGGUUUUCUCUACCACCUGUACGAGGUGCUGGACUGCGUCUCCCCCGAGCUGAUGUGGGCCGCUGUGGGGCCCGAGGGCGAGCAGAAGAACUUCUAUUACUCUCUGAAGGAACAAGUGACUUCCUUCUCCAAAGCCUUGGUGACCUUGGCGGAGGCCUGCUACCCCAUGACCAAGCUGCUGGCCCAGCACAUGCUCGAGGAUCUCAUGGAGAGAUUUGAAGCUCUGUUGACUCCCUUCUGAACCCAGGGUCAGGGGAGAAGGGACGGGGUGGGCAUGGAGGGGAUCUGGGGAAUGGCUCAGUUGUGCCCUAAAAGUGCAGGGCUGGCCCCUGUCCAGAUUAAAGAAUUCUAUGAAGGCACAGGAUUUUGUGUUGUCUGUUGGC